CCCUCUCUCUGCUCCAAAUGGAGCAGCCCAGCCCGGACGGGGGCGUGGAGGGGGUGGCUAUAAGACCCGGCUGCAGGCUGGCUGCGAGCUGUGCACGCGCCGCGGAGGUCGAGGGUGUCUUUGCUGUGGUAGGGUGCAGCGACGAGGACAUGGCUUCUGGUAACGCUCACAUCGGCAAGCCAGCCCCAGGCUUCCACGCUAUGGCCGUGGUGGACGGAGCCUUCAAAGAGAUCAAACUCUCCGACUACAGAGGCAAGUACGUGGUGCUGUUCUUCUACCCACUGGACUUCACCUUCGUCUGCCCCACCGAGAUCAUCGCCUUCAGCGAGCACGCCGAGGCUUUCCACAAGCUGCACUGCGAAGUCCUGGGGGCCUCCGUGGACUCGCACUUCACCCACCUGGCCUGGGUCAACACCCCGCGGAAGGAGGGGGGGCUGGGCACCAUAAAGAUCCCUCUGCUGUCAGAUCUCACCCGCAGCAUGGCCAUGGACUAUGGGGUGCUGAAGGAGGAUGAGGGAAUCACCUACAGGGGCCUGUUUAUCAUCGACAGCAAGGGUGUCCUGCGCCAGAUCACAGUCAACGACCUGCCGGUGGGGCGCUCGGUGGAAGAGGUGCUGCGCCUGGUGCAGGCGUUCCAGUACACGGACACGCAUGGGGAAGUGUGCCCAGCAGGCUGGCAACCUGGGAGCGACACCAUCAAGCCCACAGUGAAGGACAGCAAGGACUACUUUGCCAAGCAGCACUGAGCCGGGGGGGGGGAGGGGGCAGCAGCAGCUGACUGAGAAUCAGGUCUACUGUGAAGGAGCCCCUCCCUCUGCCUCACCCCACCCAUUGGAUGGGGAUAUUUUGGGGCAGGGGGAAUCCGAGAAGAUGCUUGUGACCUAAAGUAAAAGGGUUUGUUUGAAAAGGA